CCCAUAGUCCCCAGUGGCCAGAAGCCGAUCGAAACAACGAUCGAGGAGCUCUACGGAGACUCCGAAAUGUACCCCAACCCUCCCGAUGUCGAGGCCGAGAAGAACUGGGCCAUCGAAAUUGCAGCCAAGGAAGAAAGGGGCGAAGCCUGUGAGGCCGACUACAUGUCACUCACCUUUGACGAGAUCACUUACCGUCGAUUCCGCUUGGUCUUUGCACUCCGAGGCCACAGGGUCCGCUGCUCACGCUGUGCAGACAGGAAGCAGGCCUCAUGGCACCUCGACCAAGACGACCACGACAUCGUGUGCAAGAACAACAUGAUGAGCCCUGACAACCCGGCCAAGAUUAAGGAGUGCGGCCAGCGCUUCCCCGUCCUCGCCUUUUGGGGACUAAUGACCCGCACUGCGGACAACAUUCAAGCCUUCAACCAACGGGUGUCCCUCGGCGACGCCAACACGGUCGGGGCCCGAGUCUGUGAUGGCCGUAGCCACAAGACGCGGCGCCAGCCACUGACAAGCGCCAAGAGAGCACAAGAAAUGAAGCAGCUGAUCCAGCAGCUUGACCUCUCCAGCCCUGAAGGAGUCAACAAGCUCAAGGCCAUCGCCACUGAGGCGGUAGAGGCACUCGUGUGCUACACCAAUCACGCGUCUGAGGAGAAACGCGCUCCCCCACCGGACACCUUUGCUGCCGCCGCCGCGCGUGGUGCCCGCAAGGUUACACACGCCAGCGCCAGGACCGUCACCGCCAACCGGCUCGAGGCCCUGGAGAAGGUCACCCUGGAAAACGAUACUGAGAAGAGAAUCAGUGCCAUUGGAGCGGUGCUCAGAGGCCGAAACCCAGACGACGGCAAAUGGAUCGUUCCCAAGGUCGCCACCCCCUUCAGAAUGAUCCGAGCCAAGGCCGCAAUCGAAGAAGGCCCCAUGAAGACCAAGAUCGACAGUGCCACAUGGGUCUACGUCAGGGGAAUCCCGAGAGGAAGCUACAAGGCUGUCAGACAGGCGUUCAAGCUGGCAGGCUUCCCGACGAACCAAAUCCUGAACAUUAGCUUCGUCGACCGACACACAAGCGAAUUCAUCCUCAGGGACGCCAGUUACAAAGAACAGUUCCUCAAGCUCAUCAAAAGCUGGAAGUUCACAGAGAUCCCAGGCGUGGAUGUCAAGAACUUCACCGAAGAGGAAAGAAACACCAAGAAGAUGCAAAUCAAGAAUUACAUUGAACGCGCAGCCAAGAUAUGUGCCGAGUCCAGGGAUCUUCUCACGGCCACAGUCUACCAGCGCAAGCUCGACGACCCCGACAUUGCCGAGCAAAUCACCUCCAGGGCCCGUGAGAUCGCCCAAGGAAGAACAGGCCGCCCCGCGAUGGGCGGACGCACAGAACCCCAAUCCCAUCAAUGAAUCAGGUACCCAACGUACCGACAAUCAGGUUCGCGACUCUCAACGUGAACGGCCUUGAAACCUCAUACCACGAAAUCAUUGAAGUACUCGACAAACAGAAACUGGAAUUCAUCACAGUU